AUGGGGACGCUCGUGGCCAAGCUGCUGCUGCCCACCCUGAGCAGCCUGGCCUUCCUGCCCACGGCCAGCGUCGCGGCCAGGAGGCGCUUCCACAUGGAGGCCAUGGUCUACCUCUUCACCAUGUUCUUCGUGGCGCUGCACCACGCCUGCAGCGGGCCGGGGCUCUCCGUGCUCUGCUUCAUGCGCCACGACAUCCUGGAGCACUUCAGCGUGUACGGGACGGCCCUGAGCAUGUGGGUGUCGCUGAUGGCACUGGCCGACUUCGACGAGCCCCAGAGGUCGACAUUUGGGAUGCUCGGCGUCCUGACCAUCGCCGUGCGCGUCUACCAUGACCGCAGAGGCUACGGCGUGUACUCGGGCCCCAUCGGCACGGCCGUCCUCAUCAUCACAGCCAAGUGGCUACAGAAGAUGAAGGAGAAGAAGGGGCUGUACCCCGACAAGAGCGUCUACACCCAGCAGAUCGGCCCCGGCCUCUGCUUCGGGGCGCUGGCCCUCAUGCUGCGUUUCUUCUUUGAGGACUGGGACCACACCUACGUCCACAGCUUCUACCACUGCGCCCUGGCCAUGGCCCUCGUCCUGCUGCUGCCCAAAGUCAACAGGAAGGCGGGGGACGCGGGCGCCCCGGCCAAGCUGGACUGCUCCACCCUCUGCUGCGCCUGCGUCUGA